AUGGCUUCUGGUGGUUUCAUGCUACAACACUCAGACACAGAAAAGGACGUGGAGGCCGUGGAGUUGGCCUUCGACUCCAAGAACCGUGGCUCCAACUCCAACAAGUGGAAAAAGCCAUGGAAUGUAUCCUCCUUCACGCAACUCGCAGCCCCUGUUUUCAACGCAGUGAACUCGUACCAAAAGUUCAUCGUGGUCGUCUGCGUGAUCAUCUUCAUUUCUUUCUUCACUUCCGCCCCUGUGGUCCCUCAUUGGUUUCUGCCAAAAGACCCCAAGGUGGUCAUUAUCUUGGCUGCCAACGAGGGAGGAGGAGUGUUCAAGUGGAAGGGCCCUCAAGAAUGGUCGGUCGAGAGAUCCUCGAUCGCAAACAAGAGAGAUUACGCUAAAAGACAUGGUUACGGGUUGACCAUCAAAGACAUGACACUGAAGAAGCGCUACUCGCAUGAGUGGAGAGAGUCAUGGGAGAAGGUGGAUAUUUUGAAACAGGCCAUGAGACAGUAUCCAAACUCCGAGUGGUUCUGGUGGUUGGACUUGCACACCUACAUCAUGGAGCCUCAGAGAUCGUUGGAGAGCCAGUUCUUAAAUAACCUUGACAACGCUACCUUCAGAUCUUUGGAGGAGUUCAACCCGCUCGCUAUCCCUGAAGACAUUGCCUACGUUGACUAUUCCAAGCCCAUCAAUUUGGUGAUCACCCAGGAUUGUGGUGGAUUCAACCUCGGCUCGUUUUUGAUCAGAAAGUCCGACUGGACUGAUCUUUUGUUGGACGCAUGGUGGGACCCUGUGAUGUACGAGCAAAUGCACAUGGAAUGGGAACACAAAGAGCAGGAUGCCUUGGAGACCCUUUACUCUCGUCAACCUUGGAUCAGAGACGGUGUUUCGUUCUUGCCUUUACGUGACAUCAAUGCUUUCCCACCCGGCGCUUGUUCUGACAACGCUGAUGACCAGCGAUACUUCUACCAAGAGGGUGAUUUCGUGAUCAACAUGGCAGGCUGCGAGUAUGGAAGAGACUGCUGGGCAGAGAUGGAGCACUACAAGGCUAUCUCCAAGAGGCUCACCAACUGGUGGAGAUUUAUGUGA